AUGUCCCUUCUUGUACCCACCCAACGAGAUCGAGUUGAUUCUCAUGAAGAUUUAGAUCAAGAUGAGAUUUAUUUUCAAAAUUUACUUAAAUUAAGCGAAAGCGAAACUUAUAAACAUGAGUUUCCAUGGGAUUUUUCCCCUGUCGAUGAUUAUUUUGUUCAAUCAGAUCAUUCAAAAGAUGAUUUUUCAUUUAGAUAUACUGAAGAAAAUUUCGGUGUCACUAAACCUUGGUCAACUAUCAUACAAGAAAUCAAGGAAUUAAAUAAGAAUGCUCCUCCUAAUGUAUCAUAUAAAGUACUUUUCUUAGCCAGACAUGGAGAAGGAUGGCAUAAUAUUGCUACUAGUAAAUAUCUGAAAGAUGAUUGGUUUGCUAAAUGGAGAUUUGUUGGUACAGAUGGAGAGAUUAGUUGGGGUCCAGAUGCCAAUUUAACUGAAUUAGGUAUUGAUCAAGCUUUAGAAAAUAAACAAGCUUGGAAUCAACAAUUAGAUAAUGGAGCUCCAUUACCAUCAAAAUUUUAUGUAUCCCCUUUACAAAGAUCUUUAAGAACUUUACAAUAUACUUGGGAAGAUCAACCAAUUCCUCAACCUAUAGUAUUAGAACAUUUAAGAGAAACCAUUGGAGUUCAUUUAUGUCAUCAAAGAUCAAAAAAAUCCGAAAUUAAAUCUCAAUUCCCCAUGGUUGAUUUUGAAGAAGAUUUCCCUGAGCAUGAUGAAUUAGCGGAAAAGUUUUCUAAAAAGCGGGAAGAAUUAAAUGAACAAUUCUUAAGGAUUAAUAAAGUCUUACAAGAUAUAUUUACUAAGGAUAAAGAUCAUCAAUUCAUAUCUAUAACAUCUCAUGCUGGAACUAUAAGAGCUUUUAUAACUGUUAUUGGUCAUAGAAAAUUUACCAUUCCAACUGGUGGGAUGAUCCCUAUUGUGGUAAAAGGUACCAGAAAAAAUUAA